AUGCUCUCGCUCUUCAAGUUUGCUUCUCUGGCCGCCCUCCUAGGCUUAGCCGCAGCUCAACAACAGCCAUGCUACAACGCACAACCGUUCGUCAUCAUUUUGUGUCUGUACAAUUCCAUGACAGCCAUUGGCCCUGUUGUACAGUCUGCUAUUUUCCGGGCAGCGACACCAGUAAUGGCUGCGAUCCGCCAGGCCGACAAUUGGAUUGCCCCGGGGGCCUAUGAGCGCGGCAGUUAA